CGCAUUCCCGUAAGAAUUUAUCGACCGGUCAAAGUGAAGUAAAUUCCGUUUAGUAGCUUCUCAAAAGAUUUCCGGUCAAUAGCUUUUUAAAAAAAGCUGGCCUUCUUACUUGCGCAAUGAAUCCUUUUUCAUGGCCGCGUGGAGGUGGUGGUCUGUGUCUGUCUUAGUAUAACUUCGUCCCCACUUCCUCCUCCGCCGCCAUGGCCGCCGCCGUGCAGCGUGCUUCUGCUCUUGAAGAAUCGAUCAAUGGCUUCUCACAGUCCUCCCAUUCUCAUUUGCAACUGCAGCUCUCCGAAUCGCUCGCAACCACAGCUCCUACCUCUUCUCAAAAUCCGGGACAGUACCCAUCUUCCAUGGAACAAGAUUAUGAAUCGAUUUGUUGGGGUUGUGGAUUGCGACUUAUUCUUCCAUCAAAGGCACCAGUUUUUAAGUGUGGUUGGUGUGGGGCGGUAACCAAGCAAAAUGAAAGCAGAGGUGAACGCAAAAAAUUGCGGUGGAGACGCUUACGCGAUCAUUGCUUUGUUUCUGUCCUCCUUGUAUUUGUGGUAUUUGUUAUAUGUGGUGGUUUGUGGGCAAUAUACCCAGUUGUGUUUUCAGUGGGCUACCUUUGCGGCGUGAUCCACUGUAUAAUUACUUUCAUAUUGUCUGUGAGUACUGUUUCUAUGUUCAGCCUGGCAGCUUUCACUGAUGCCGGCACACCACCGCCAAUUGUGUGGGGUAGUUAUCCAGCUGUGAGGAAAGAUGAAUUACAGGACUAUACUUUUUGCCAGUACUGCUCCAAGCCAAAAUCACCAAGAGCUCACCAUUGCAGUUCAUGUGGAUCGUGUGUGUUGGAUAUGGAUCAUCACUGCCCAUUUAUUGGAAACUGUGUUGGUGCAGGAAACCAUCGUCAUUUCGUUGGCUUCCUAAUUGUAGCUGUUAUUAGUGUAACAUACGCUGCUAUCAUGUCUGCAUAUGCAGUACUUCAUAUAUUACCAUCGUUGGGCGAGGGAUCUUUUCAGCAGAUGCAUAGAAUGGACAAUAACAUUGCAUUCAUGGGCAUCCUGAAGGACAUAUUUAUGGCAUUCGUGACUUCUGCUGUGUUCUUUUCGUCAAGAGGACUGGUUCUUCUUUAUCUAUUUGUAGCUAGUAUAUCAGUGGGGAUAGGCUUAACUGUGCUUUUGUGGCAACAACUUUAUUUCAUCUACGAAGGAACAACAUAUCUAACUAGCUUAAGUUCACAGGCUGAGGCAGAACGGGACUGCAGAAACCUGUACCAUUUUUUUGGGUUCCCGUAUUCGUUUUCCCUAUAUUUGCGUGGUUGUUGUAAUUCUAAGAAAAUUCACAGAAAAUAGUGAUUUCCCCCCAAAAUUCACCCCACUGAAGGGUUUGGCGAGUACAUUCGCCAUGUAUGAUUUUUGCUUAGGAAACAACAUUUGUGUUAUUGCAGGGUUAAGGUAAGGCAGUGUUCAUCUGAUCUCUCCUUACCUCGCCCAGGUGGGAGCUUCUUUAAAGGCAUUGGGGCAAUAUUGUUAAUAAUGUAGUUAAAUUGUUGUGGUAAUGUCGUUGGUUAUUCUUGUUGUACAUUAGAAGUUCAUAGAAGAACUCAAUUUUCUUCUUCUUCUGAUAAAUAGAAGAACACAUUAACACCAAA